CCGUGCCCGCACGCUGCCCCCGUGGGGCAACCGGCAGCCCCUGAGGCGGCGGCGGGGCCGUGGUUGCGGCGCGGGCCGCGGUGCCGACCUGCCCUCCGCCCGCCGAGGCCGAGCCGGGCAGAGGAGCUUAGGGGCGUGAGGUAGAUGGUUGGCUGUAGCCCCGCUCCCUAGAGGAGAGAGACUGCAAAACGCCGUCUUUCACGAAGGAAGCUUGCCCAACUCAGUUAAGAAUCGCGAACGUUCUUUAAAAACAGGGCAUGGUCUUCAAAUGUGCUCUGUGUGUUUUGAAAACCAGAAAGUGGAAAUGGCUUGAAGCAAGCCAGGCUGGGGAGGCUGCAGAGCACUGGCAGUGAGGGCCUGAAUUCUGGAGUUCCACCAGCUCAGCCUUCAAUCUGAAUGCUUAUAAAUUGCCACCAAAUGGUAUGGGACAAAUGCUGGAUCUAUUAUUUGCUAAAUAACAUAAUGACUCCACUACCAAAUGCUGAACUAGUUCAGAGUUCUUUACAGUUAUAUCGUUACCUGCUUCGAUGCUGUAAGCAACUUCCUGAAGAGAAUAUUCGUCAGCAUUACAGACAUGCAAUCAGACAGAGUUUCAAAGUUCAUGCUGAUGAAGACAACCCUGAGCGAAUCCAGCAGAUUAUUAAAAGAGCCAUUGAAGAUGCUGACUGGGUUAUGAAUAAAUAUAAAAAAUAGAAGAAGAAGAAGAAGAAUGAAGACCAAGAAUGGCAUUGAUAUACAUCGUUAGAUAACUUACAAGGAAAUAAGCCCAGUGUUACAUUAUAUAUAGUUUAUAUACAGUAUAAGCCUGUAGUUUUCCUCUAGAUAAUACAAAUGUAUGUUAUACCUCACUGGGACAUCAUGAAGCUAAAUUACUAUUUCUGCAGUUAUUUGAGACUGUAGAUAAAAGGAUACAGUCUAGGUUCAAAGUAUUAACAUGUAUAAUCACAAAUGUUAGCUGAAGGCCUAAACUUCCUAAAGAUUUGAGGAGCACAGAUAACUUCUCAGGAAGGCAUAAAAGUAUAAUGCAAUACAAGUCAUUAAGAAAUAAUUAGUGCUCUGUCAUUCAUGUCUGAAUUAGGUUCAUCAAAAGGAACUUUUAUAUUUGAGCAUAAAUACCCUAUAUUGAAAGGCUCCAAACUUGACAACAUCUCACUGAGGGUCAGAGCAAAUUAUUCUUUACUUGGUUGUGACCUACAUUGUAUUGUUAGGCUUAGAUCCAGCAUAUCAUAAUAUUUGAUACAUUUUGCAUAGUUGUUUGUUUCUUCCUGUGUAAGUACCAGUGGAUUUAAGGUUAUGUGUGAAAAAAUGUUCUGAGUUAAGAGAUGUCAGUCUGACAUCAGACCAUCCUCCAUCAGGACAAUAGAGAUGUUCUCAGAGUAAAACAAAGGUCUGAUUGGAGCACUGGUCUAGUUUUAAUCUAGUAGUAAAGACAAGAUGCAUAGGCUACUGAGUGGAGACCAUAUCCAUGAGGGUUGUAUUCUCAUAUGAAACUUGAUCCACAGUAUUUUCACUCCUGUUGAUAGUAAAAUUAGUCUUGCCUCCCCCUGCUGCAGGCAUACCUUUGUUCUCCUCUCUAGGCUCCUGCUUGAACCAUUAGUUGCCUUUUAUAUUUAAAGGUUGAUGCCUGUCCCUUGUGACCUGACUUCUAAGCUCUCAUGGAAAUGGACACCAUUCAGACAGGCUACAUGUGCUAACUGGUAUGAUCCCUGGAAUGUGCAGUGUUGAACAAAUAUGGAGGCCUUCACAGUUUUUGCAACAGGUAAUAAAUGUGCUUUAAAAAUC